GACAUGCUAAUGCAGCUGGCUAAAGCUGUAGCUAACGCUGCCGCAGCUCUGGUGCUCAAAGCCAAGAACGUGGCCCAGAAGACGGAGGACUCGGCCCAGCAGAACCGUGUGAUCGCUGCGGCCACUCAGUGUGCUCUGUCCACGUCUCAGCUGGUGGCCUGCACCAGGGUCGUGGCUCCGACCAUCAGCUCACCGGUGUGUCAGGAGCAGCUGAUCGAGGCGGGAAAGCUGGUGGCCAAGUCUGUAGAAGGGUGCGUGGAGGCGUCACAGGGGGCGACCAAUGACGAGGGCCUCCUGAAGCAGGUGGGCGUGGCUGCCACCGGCGUCACUCAGGCCCUCAAUGAGCUGCUCCAGCACAUCAAACAGUACGCCAGCGGCGGCCAUCCCAUCGGACGCCACGGAGAAGCUACCGACCGCAUUCUGGAUGUCACCGAGAACAUCUUCAGCUCAAUGGGAGACGCUGGUGAGAUGGUUCGUCAGGCUCGUAUUCUUGCCCAGGCCACGUCUGAUCUGGUCAACGCCAUCAAGAUGGAUGCAGAGGGAGAGUCAGACCUGGAGAACUCACGUAAACUGCUGUCAGCCGCCAAACUGCUGGCCGACGCCACUGCCAAGAUGGUGGAGGCGGCUAAGGGCGCGGCAGCGAACCCUGACAGUGAGGAGCAGCAGCAGAGGUUACGAGAGGCUGCUGAGGGUCUCCGCAUGGCCACCAACGCCGCCGCCCAGAACGCCAUUAAGAAACGACUCGUCAACAAGCUGGAGAACGCAGCCAAACAGGCGGCGGCAGCAGCCACUCAGACCAUCGCUGCUGCUCAGCACGCCGCCUCGUCCAACAGGAACCAGGCUGCACAGCAGCAGCUCGUCCAGAGCUGCAAGGUGGCGGCGGAGCAGAUCCCUCAGCUGGUUCAGGGAGUCCGAGGCAGCCAGUCUCAGCCUGACAGCCCCAGCGCUCAGCUCGCCCUCAUCAGUGCCAGCCAGAACUUCCUGCAGCCCGGUGCUAAAAUGGUCACAGCCUCUAAAGCCACUGUUCCCACCAUCGGUGACCAGGCCUCAGCCAUGCAGCUCAGCCAGUGUGCUAAGAACCUGGCCAGUGCCCUGGCUGAGCUCCGCACCGCCUCCCAGAAGGCUCAGGAAGCCUGUGGUCCGCUGGAGAUUGACAACGCUUUGUCAAUGGUCAGAGAUCUGGAGAAAGACAUGAGGGAGGCCAAAGCUUCAGCUGAGGAGGGAAAACUGAAACCACUGCCAGGAGAGACA